AUGAGCUUCUUCUACUUCUCUGUGUGCCACGUGUGUAAAAAAGAGAGCACCACUUUGAAAAAAUGCAGCAAAUGCAAGCUAGUCCACUACUGCAGUCAAGAGCACCAGCGCCAGGACUGGCGGACCCACAAAGACAUCUGCAAGGUGAUAAGCGAAACCAACACGCCACUGACGUUCUCCGGCGAGGGCCCCAUCGAGUUCGACAAGUUCAAGAUCAUCACUGGGGCGCUGUGGCACUUAAGGCUCGGACGACGCCUCAGCGUGAGCGAGCUUGAAAUGUGGAUGUUCCCGAAGGUCUGCGGCGUCUGCUACAAGGGCUCAGUGAACAUGGUCUGCACCACGUGCUGGAGCGUCGCUUACUGUUCCGACACGCACCGCAUAGUCCACGAGAAGCAGCACGCGGAGUUCUGCCAGAAGCUGAAGCUGUGUCUGGAGAUCCACCAGAAGAUGUUCAACCAAGAGCCGGAGUGGGAGCGCAUGAAGUUUGAUUUUAGUAAAUCUGUGGUGACGCUGCCUGAGAGUAUUUGCGACGUCGUGAAGAUAAUGGAGUUUAAGAGUGACGUCGACUUCUGGAAAAAAGCUGUGAACUUGAUUCCGAUGACUGAGUUUUUUUGUUCUGCAGUCAAUGUAGUCUACGCUUUGGAGAAGUCAAAGUUCGUGGAGAAGCGUUUUGCCAAAAAAACUCAGUUAGUUAUUCAUGCUACAACGACGGAGUUUUACAAGAACAUGAGCUGGCGCGUGCUCAUGGAGUUUUUGUCCCACUGGAUUCUUAAUCUGCAAGGGGUUAGAAUUUACGUCAUCAGUCCUGGUGUGGACAAAGAGGAAUGCUUGGAGUUUACGCUCAGUUGUGACGCCGGUAGAAAAAAGCAAUUCAAUUCUUCAGUCAUGUUUCUUCAGCGGAAAUAUCACGAAUUUAUUAGUACAAUUCCGCGUCCCGAUUUGGUCGUUAUGUUUAAUAGAUCUCUCCCGAAAGUGGGUACAGUUGAGUGGAGUGAAACCACCUCAAAGCUUCUAGCAUACAAAAACGCCUUCAUCAUUCUCACUUCUUACACUAUGGAAGGUUUGAAAAGUUCCGUCGGUAAGUUUCCUCCACCAUGGGUCACGUAUCUCAAACCUCAAGAAAAUCUGUACGGUAGCUUGAGACCUGUCAGGAAUGGCAAGGAAGGGUCUGAUCCUGUUGUCUAUUGCAACAAAUUCGUUUCAAUUAUUGCCAAAAAGUAA